CUUAUAUAACAACAACAGUUCUCACGAAAUUAAUACAAAUUUUGCAACAAUAGACCCUGAAGCCACUGUAGUACCCCUUGGUAUUGUUAACAAGCUGAUUAGCAUUCAAUACGAAAAUAAAACUAUUAAUCCAGUGAAUGGGGAUUCUCCUUUAAGAUGCAAAUUUAAUAUUCAGUCUUCUAGCUCUUAUCACAAGCAAACUGAAGAAUAUCUCAACCUUAAUAGUAGUAAUAAUAGAAGUAGUUACAAUAACACUGGAAAUUUAGAGCAAGGAAGUUAUCACGCUUUUAAUAAUUCCAAUGUUCACGUUAAUCAAAGUAGUCAAAAUUAUACUAAAACGACUACAAUAAAUAGUCGUCCCUUUUUAAAGUCGAGUGUUUGGUACUACAAUUACGCCUCUUACGACUGCAACGCUAAAGUAUUGGAGGCUAACAAGGAAAGCAAAACUCCUCGGGCGAUUUUAUUAGAAUCUAAAGAUCGUUACAUGUUAAACGAGUGCGAUGCCCCUGAAAGAUAUUUUGUUGUUCAACUCUGCGAAGGAAUUCGCCUUGAAUACAUUAUUUUAGCUAAUUAUGAGUACUUUUCAUCCACUUUUAAACACUUUACGGUAUACGCUUCCAAAAUCUUUCCGGCCGAUCAUUGGACUAAACUUGCUGACUUUAUUGGGCAGAACACUAAAUCAGACCAAUCAUUUGCGUUGCCUUGGCACGAUGAAUAUUUUUCUUAUAUAAAGUUGGUUUUCCACGACUAUUACGGCUCCAAUUACUACUGUCCAAUCUCUUCCUUUCAGGUUUCUGGAAAGACUAUGCUUAACGACUUUCACGGGCUUAAUGAUAGUUUUAGUGAACCUCCCGACAAUUUGGAAAACUUAUCCAACAACGAGGAAGCCAUAAAUGUCUUAUAUUAUUGGCUAGAUCUUUUUGAACUCAUUUUUAAAUGGUGGACUAGUUUCGUUAUGAGCCUGAAAGCUUAUUGGUCGUUCUUUUGGUCUCUGAUUAACGAAUAUUUUUAUUUUUGGGAGGACGUCCGCCAUACAGAAAGCCUUCUAAAGUCACCUAUUACACCCGCAGACUCACAUCUUUCGGCUAUUUUUCUGGAUAUGAAGAAUGUCUCGCACGUACCAAACACGUUUAACCAAACCUUAUUGGGCAGCGCACUGGCCUCAAUUGAAAAGAUUAUUGCAAAGCAGCCCAGCAUGAGUUUGAAGUACAUGAGACUUCCGGAGGCACUACUAAGCCAGACUCACUCGUCCUCCUGCCAAUCCACGUGCUUUCCGCAGCCAACUUGCUCAAAUAGCCCAUUAUUUUUUAUAGAAAAGGCCACGGGGAAGUGCCCUAUAAAAGACAGCUUCCACCGUAACAUCAACACAUAUAAUAAAAAUAAUAUUAGUACUAGUAAUAACGAAGAUAGUCACACUAAUAAUGAGGCAAGGAGAGAGUCUUUGUCUGAACCACCUCAACUUUCUACGCACGAAAGAAAUAAAAUUGCUGCUAAUAUAUUAUUGAAUUUGAACUUGAGGCUCGAAAGAUUGGAAGUUUUUGCUAAUGCAACGAGCUCCUACUUAAGAAAACUUCACGAUUACUAUGUCCUUAAUCACUCUGACUUCCAUCAGAGGACUGUGAAAGAAAUAGAAGAAAGACAUAAAUUAUUUUUUAAAACGUUUCUUCCUCAACUUGAAGAAAUAAAGUUGCUAAUUGUAGCACUUGAAUUUUUAUUUAGGCAAAAUGCACGCGAAAUCUUCAAUAUCAAUGAUAAACUGCAAAUGUACGAGGGUUACCUCCUCGUGUCCACCGCUUUGUUAAUUGCCAUGUGCGCAUACAUUCUUUGGCGCACUAGAAAAAGCACAUGCUCUUGUGUACGCGGUCCACGCAGUCAUUGGAAUCAAGACGUUAACGAGUCGUUUGGAUAAGAUGAUUCAUU